UUUACCGCUUCGAUUGGACCACAAACUGUCAGUCGCGGACUUCUUUUGAACGCUCUCGAUGGUGUUCCAAAUAUCUGUCAUCAGUCACGACUGCACGACAAUUGGUCUAAACUUGUAGCUCACGCAGGUACAGGCUCCUGCUGCCAGCCAGUCUUUCCCGAUGUCCAAGUACAAAGUCUUUGUGAUGAGGCAUGGAGAAGGGGCCUGGACCAAAGAGAACCGCUUCUGCAGCUGGGUGGACCAGAGGCUGAGUGAGGAUGGGGUAAAGGAGGCCCUAGCGUGCGGUCACCUCCUAAGAGAGGCAGGCUACCACUUGGAUGUGGUCUUCACAUCCCUGCUUAGCCGCUCCAUCCACACAGCCUGGCUGCUACUAGAGGCCAUGGGGCAGGAGUGGGUCCCAGUGGUGAAAUCGUGGAGGCUGAAUGAGCGCCAUUAUGGUGCUCUGAUCGGGCUCAACCGUGCCGAGAUGGCCCUAAACCACGGCGAGGAGCAGGUGAAACAGUGGAGGAGGAGUUACGACCUCACGCCGCCGCCUAUCGACAAAUCACACCCUUACUUUCUGGAGAUCUACAACGACCGGCGGUAUUCUACUUGCGAUAUUUCUAAAGAGGAUCUCCCUAAGUCGGAGAGCCUGAAGGAUGUCUUAGAGAGGCUCCAGCCAUACUGGGAUGGCACCAUUGUGCCAGAGAUCAAACAGGGGAAAUCGGUGCUCAUCUCUGGGCACGGGAAUAGCUGCAGGGCACUGCUGAAACACUUACAAGGUAUAUCAGAUGCUGAUAUCGUCAACGUGACGUUACCCACAGGAACGCCCAUUCUGAUUGAGCUGGAUGAGAACUUCCGGCCCACCAAACCCAUGCAGCUCCUGGGAGACCAGGACGCCAUCCAGGCAGCCAUCAGGAAGGUGGAGGAUCAGGGGAAGGUCAAACAAACACCCUGAUUGGCCUGAAUCUAGUCAACUGGAUUCUAGUCAUUCUAGAUUCAAAAAUCUAGCCAACUGAAUUAUAUUCAUUAUACAUACUAGUGAUUUGUAGAAUCUAAUCAACUGUAUUCUUGUCAUUCUGGAGUAGAUUCUAGAAUCUAGUCAACUGGCUGUAAGACUAAUAUACGAAUUUGCCCAAGCCUGGGCUAGCACUUAUUUAGUUGCCUGUUAUGCACCAUUAAUCAGAUUCACUCAAAGCUGAAUUCUUGAUUUAAUUAAAUCAAUAUUAAGUACAUGCUAUUGUAGUCAGUAAGUCUCAGUGAACUGACUGUAAAAUCGUGGUAUGAACUUAACCCAGUCUACCCUAUUGGGUGCAACAAGGAAACAAAAUAAUAUUGUUCAUACAGAAAUAAGUGGUGUGCUGAAGGGAGUUACAUUAACAGGCAUAUUUAUCAUUAACAAGCAUAUUUGGUAAUAGGCUGACUAAGUGUGUAUUGAGGCAUUUUGCCAUUAAAGGAAUAGCAGCACGAGAAACAAUCAAAUGUUCCUUUAAAAAAAUCUAAAAAACAUUUUCAAACCUCGUGACGUGCCUUCACUGCCAUUAUUCUCAAUUUCUGUAGGAUUUUGCGAUGCAAUUUUGUUAGUUCUUAAGUGUAAGUGAAUUAUGACUGACAGAAUCUAGCAGUAGAAUAUGAACCAGCACUAACAGGUACAAAUGGUUAUUUAUCAAGAAACUUUAAAAGCACUUCGUAACAAGUAUUACCUCAUUGAGACUGACAGUCAGGCUAUUCAUUCCAAGACCGGUCGGUGGAUUGUGUGAUCAAAGCUUCUUUUAGUACAUUAAUGCUGUAAAUGUGUUGUUGAAAAAGAUUGGUCAAACUUGAUAAGAACAUGUCCGCUCAUAUGCUACAUGCUAGUUUAAGAGAAGUUCAUAUGAAAUAACUGUAGUGCUCAUGCGGUUAAUCAUAAAAUGCCUACGUUGACAUGCUGAUUUAUGACUUGCGGUAUAAUUUGACACAAAAGCUUCUCUUGUUUCAAUUUGUGACACACCAUCUGGAUUCGGUCUUAUGUAGCAAAAUUUGAAAUUGUAUUUUUUACAUUGGAUGAAAGUACAGACUCAGAGCUAGAAAAUGGUAUUUGAUACACUGCAGUUGAGGAACAAUGGAAAAUUAAUUCUGCUUUGAAUGUUGAUAAACUUGUAACCCCAUUUUGUUGAGAAAAUUGCUAUUAAUGUUUUGAUACACCUACUGGAGAGCUCUUCUUUGUCUACACCCAUUCAACAUCGUUCACACCCUCUUCACACCCUCUUCACACCAAAUUCAAUUCAGCCAAUCGUAUCCAUUUAUUGUUGCUUUUUUUUAUCCAAAAGAUUCAAGUCAUUCAUUUGUAAACUUGGAAAAGAGGGAACAACCUCAUAAUAUAAUGAAGUGUUCUUAAUAAGUCCCAAGUAAAGGAAGUGGAAUUGCUUUGCAAAUUCUCUCUGAGUAAUAUUAACCUGAAAUUUACCAAUGUACUCAUCGAACGGCAAAAACUCCCCAGUGUCUUCUACCAAAUCACAUACAAAAUGAAUACCCUUGUCAAACCAAAGGCCUUUGAAAAUGGAUUUCCUAUUAAUUUAAUAACUCUAUUAUUCCAAAUCAAUGUUUUGUGGGGGGAAAAAUUGUGCUUGAAUAUCAUUUUCCAGAAAAACAACAUUAGCUGGUGAAACUUAGACAAUUUCACAGGUAAUUUUGGAGGGUCAAAAUCACAUUUCUUUAGGAAUUCAAGUCCACCAAGUUUAUUAAACAGACUGUUAGGGAUAUGAUACCACAUAGACGUAGGAUUAGACAGACAGACAUAUCAACCAUUUAAUUCUAAAAGCAACCAUUAACGAAUCAAAAUCAAUAUCCUGUAAACCUCCACGAUCAUACUAAUUGUGAUUUCUGAUUUUCUUCUAACCCUAAUGUUUUAUUCCUCCAAACAAAUCUAAAUAUAACAUAAUUAACUUUUUUAAAAUGUUAUUAUAAGAAAUAAAAAGGGACUGACUUGGGUAAAUGGUUCUAGAUAAACCAUCGGUCUUGGACAAAAGAAUACGACCCAAGAUUGAGAUAUCACUCUCAUGGAAUUAAUCCUAUUAUCGAUGUUUAAAGAUUCUCUAUCUGAACAUUUUUUAGUGAUAACAAUUCCUAAAUAUUUAACUUCCUUUUUAACAGGCAAUGUUGACGAAGGCAAUGUUGACGGAGUCACAGCAAAGAAUUGGCAUGAGAUCACAUUUGUUAAGGUUGGGAGUCAACCCAGAGGCCAUAGAAAAUGUCUUGAUUCUGUCAAUAGCCAAGGGAAUAAACACUCUAUCCUUUAGGAAAAGGGCAGUAUCAUCUGCAAAUGGACUGAUAUUUAUAUCUUUACCAAAAAUACGGAUCCAUUUUAAAUUCUCAGAUUUGUUUAGAAAUAUGACUAGUAGAUCUGUGGCUAAAAUAAAGAGAUUGGACAACCCUGUCUAAUUCCUCUAGCAAUAGAGAAACAAGGGGAUGUACCAUUACUAAUAGCCACCGAACUGCUAUUAUCAUUAUAUUGUACAUUAUCCUUAUCACUUAACAGAAAUCCUCCCAAAACCCAAAAGUAGAGAGUUCUAAGUUAAAAGUUGUUUGAAAGUGCCAAAAGCAUUAAAAAAAAUCUAAAAACAAUAUAAAUCUAGGUGAAGAGAGUCCUUCUUUGAUUUGGGUAUAAGAACUAUUAGUCCCUGUCACAAAGGAGGUGAUAAGAUAGCAUUAGCAAUACCCUCUUUGUAGCCCGAAAGCAAUAACUCUCUAAAUCACGCCAAAAAUGUUGAUAGAAUUCAGGAGUCAUGCUAUCCGGUCCAGGAGAUUUACCUAUAGGCAUUUGUUUAAUGGUUUAGUCCAACAAAGUAAUAUCUAUAUCAGAAUCACAGAGUUUCUUAAACCUUUCUUCUAUAGGGUUAACAGAGUUAUGAACUGAAUCAAAAAAGGAAUUCAAGUCGCCUUCUGAAAGAUGAGAUUGAUAUAGCGAAGUGUAGAAAGAGUAUUUUCUUAUUAAUCACUUCACGAUCAACAGAUAGUGUCAUUUACAUAAAUGGAUGUAAUACUAUUCCUAGUCUGCCUACUGUUCUCCAAAUGAAAGAAAUAAGAUGUGUUUUUUCACCUUUUUCAAUCCAUUUGGCCUUUGAACAGAUGAAGGCACCCUGUUCCUUUUUCAUCUUCAUUUAAAUCAAGUUUAUUACUCAGCCUGUUAAUAUCAACAUCUGCUUGGAUCAUCUUUUCUUAGCAUUGUACCAGUAGUGAUGGCAAGACAUUGAUUUCUGAAUUUAAUAAUUUCCCAUUUGUUAGAAGAAAGAGCAGGAUUGAGACAGGUCCCUCUGAUUAGAGCUUUAGACUGUAAACAAAAUGGCUCAUUCUUUAAAAGAAAAGAUGCUUUUGAAAAUCUCUUGUCAUUAUCAAAAGGAAAGAAUAAUGGAACAAUGGCCUGUCAGAGGAUCUGAGGAAAUACUACAUUCCCUGACAAGAUUCAUAAGAUUGGAAGAUACCGACCAAUAAUCAAUUCUAGAUUUUAAUUGUCUGUCGCUAGUUAUAGAGUUGAACCAAGAACAUUGUUCUACAGUUGGAUUCUGUGAACGCCAAAUGUCGGAAAGUUGAAAGUUGGGAGCAGAAAUGUAGAAUUAAGUUAUUAAAACAAUGGGCUGAAUGCCUGGUGGGAUACUUGUCCAUCCAGUCACGAGGAGCAACAUUAUAAUCGCCUCCAGCAAUAAUGUUAUCUGUGGAAUAUUUGUUUUUCAAUUCAAUUAAGACUUCACUAAUAGAUGUUAGAAGAAUGACUAUGUUAUAACCAUAAAUAUUUACCAAUAUGUAACAUGACCCUUUUUUUAUAUUUGAAAACAUUAGUUAUCCAGUGACCCUCAGCAUCACACCUGCUUUCUUAAACUGUACCUGGAAACUGUCUGAAAAGUAUUCCCACACCAGCAGAUUGAGAUGAGCCAAGGCUAAAAAUGAUCUUGUCACCCCAUUGUGAAGUCCAAAAUUUUAAGUCAGCAUCUGAGGAACGUGUCUCUUGAAAUAAAUAAAAACAAUUGGACUUUUUAAUGAAUCUUUCCAAAACAAAAAUAGCCUUUGGUACGUAAACCCCUGGUGUUCAAUUGGUACGUAAACCCCUGGUGUUCAAUUGGUACGUAAACCCCUGGUGUUCAAUUGGUACGUAAACCCCUGGUGUUCAAUUGGUACGUAAACCCCUGGUGUUCAAUUGGUACGUAAACCCCUGGUGUUCAAUUGGUACGUAAACCCCUGGUGUUCAAUUGGUACGUAAACCCCUGGUGUUCAAUUGGUACGUAAACCCCUGGUGUUCAAUUGGUACGUAAACCCCUGGUGUUCAAUUGGUACGUAAACCCCUGGUGUUCAAUUGGUACGUAAACCCCUGGUGUUCAAUUGGUACGUAAACCCCUGGUGUUCAAGAAUAAAAAGCAAAGAAAUGUUGACAAGCAGAGUAUCCGAGAUAGAGUUGUCUAGAAUAAACAAGCGACCCUGAAUAUAGCAUAAGCCCUUCAAAAAUGUACUUGACGAACAGUAACGACCAUAAAAGGAAAAUAAAUGGAUAGACCGUGUAAUAACACAUAUUAUAUUAAUAGUUUAGAACUCUCAAACGUAAAAUAAAAACAUCUCUGACAGCUAAUCAUCGCCAUAUGAAAAAGAAAUGGAGAUUUACUUACAUAUCAAUCUUGAAACCAAAUGAAAUGACUAAAAGCUAACUGAUUUCUUGGUAUGCCAUCAAAUGAGAAUCAAAAAUCAGUGUGCUUACGUUGGUUAAUGUUCACAUUCAAAACUCGCCACUACGGACAGUAUGGCCCUAUGCAAUAUCACCUAUAUGCGUUGUUCAGAUAAACGAUUGCAUGAAUAAACUCACCAGUUGAAACGGUAUAUGGCUUCAUUAGCCUACUACUGUAUAAGCAGGCCAACUCUUGAAGCAUAAAUCAGUCACAUGUGGCUCCACCCUGCGGUCGUCAAUGACAGCAAACCCCUCGCGAAAGGAGGCUUUUUUUUCUCCCUGCAUCUUGCCCCAUCGACUUGUGGCCACAGCUUCGCAUGGGCAUCCCUGUCGCGCUUGUGAAAUCUUCUGCAAAGCGAGUGCCUUUCUCCCUGAAGAUCGCGCAAGUUUGCCAGCUCUCCACACCUCGUCUCUCACGUUCCUCAAUGCAAACAUCAUGACCUUGUCUGUGUCUGUUAAUCUCCUUUCUCUUAUCUACAACAUCUACAGCGACGUUCAGGAUAGCAGGGGGAUAUGGAACAACCUUCCCAAUAAUGUCAAUCACAAUCCCUCUGAUAUUCUCACCAUCAGUUUCAGGUAGCAUGUUCAGUCUCAGCCCCCAUCGGCGCUUGUAUCGGUCCUAUUCAUCACUCGCUGUGCGCAGCUCCUCGUUUUCUUUUGUCAGGGCAUCAACUUUAUUUUUCAACAGUUUCACAUCAGUGGCAAUAUCCUUAAUGCCUGCUGCAUUAAACUCUGUAGUUUUGUGGGGUUUCGAAGGGCUUAUUUGGACACCUGUACCCAAGACUAAUUCCUCCGACCUCGGUACCGUUAAUUCUGGGAGUGUCAGAAUCUUCCAUAUAGAUGACAGUAUCUACUUCGGUUACGACAGCUCCCUCUACAUUUUUGCUAGCUUCCAUCUCAGCUAAUGUUACUAGCUAGCUAGUCUUGGCUGAACUUGCUUGAAGUAUAACAAAGUGGAAAAGUGAUGUUCGGUAAACCAAAAAAAAAGACAGCAAAAAUUCAGAGCAUCAAUGUUGUUGAGAAAUGUAGCAAAACCUUUGUAGUUAUCGAUUGAUAAUGUUGUCUUACACUGCGGUAGACAGGACUAUCAAGACAUACUGAGCAGCUCACGUUAUAGACAGAAGCAUGCUACGUGGCAGACCAAUCCAAACUCAUCUCCCGGCAUGUCCAGCCCAUCCAUUAUCUCAGCCAGUGUUACCUUAAAAGUAAAAGUAUUCUUAACAUAGUUUAGGUUAUGUGAACAGCACUGCAUUUUCAAUUGAAUACAGUGCUACUAAAGAUGUUUUAGAUUUGUACAUUAUUUGGAUACUAGUAUUCAGAGCCGGUCCUGGCCGUUCUGGCGCCCUAGGCGAAACAAAAAAUGGCCGCCACUACAAGAAUAAUCCCAGUAAGCAACAUUUAAGUUGAAAAAACGUCUAAAAUAAGUAUUUUUCAAGACGUUGAAGUUGGGUUCAAUUUAAGCUUUGAAUGAAAGUUUAAAAUAGGUAUUUUAUGGAUGUUUAGAUCAGGUAUAUUUUUGGUUCUGAAUGAAAGUUGAAAAUAUGUCCAGACUGGAAAAAAAUCGGAGCCAAACAUAGACCAAAAAGUCAACUUUGACAUUGUGUGUAGGCCAGUGACAGAAAAUUCAAUUCAAUACAUUUCGAAUUCAGACUAACAGACUAACUCAACAAAAUGUGGAACAAUUCAAGGGGUGUGAAUACUUUCUGAAGGCACAUUGUUUGUGGCGCAUUACUGUGAUGUUUUUUGUUUGUUUUUUACACAGGGAAGAUACUUUGUUACUUUAUGUUUUGUGUGUCUCAUUUUGUAUUGUACGUCUGUCUGUCUGAUAUUUUUUUUAACGUUCUGUCAUAAUAACCAUCGUAUUUGUUGUUGUGGUCUUCAGGUCAUUAGGGAAAUGAUGACUAAUAUUAUUAGUUCAUCACUAAAACCGUAAAUGUGUAAAUAUAUUGAUACUACAAAAUACUGUAGUCAUGUCCUGUAAUAUUUUCUGUAAUGUAUUAUCCCCACGGUUAUACUAAAUGUUCAGUGACGACAUUAAGUAUUAAACUUAGUUUGAAAACUUGA